AUGGAUGCAUCUGUGGAGCCAGAAUCGGAAUCCACAACCAUUUUGCUUGAUCAGGAAAUGGCAACAGUGAAUGGUUGCAUUGUUUACACUCGAGUCAAAAGAUCUCUCAAUCUGUGUAUUAGUAUUUCUGAGGAUGUUGAUUGCAAGAAAUUCAGGGAAGAUGCGGAGGUGCCGAUUGAAUUGGAUAAUGGAGUCGGUGAGUGCGGUGAUGAGACUACGUUCAAGCGGAUUACAAGAACUGCUAUGAAAGUGAAAGCUGAGAAUUUCAAGCGGAUUACACGAUCUGCUAUGAAAGUGAAAAUUGAGUCUGGUGGGAAGAAGGUGUCUGCGUUAGAAUACAUAGGUGUUGUCGUUGUAAGUGGUGUUGUAGUUGUUAGUGGCAAGAGAAGUGGUGUGGUGCCAGUGAAAAAUUCGAAGCGGUAUACACGAUCAGCGUUGAAAGAAAAGGGUGAUUCCUGUGAAGAGAAUGUGAUUGUGGUAGAACAACAAGGUGCUGCAGUUGUAAGUGCUAAAGGUGAUGGUUCGAUACCAGUGAAAAAUUUGAAGUUGUUUACACGAUCAACAAUGAAAGAAAAGGGGGAGUUCUGUGAAGAGACGGGGAAUGUGGUAGAACAACAAUGUGCUGCAGUUAUAAGUGUUAAGCGAAUUAGAAGAUCGGCGGUGAAAGGUGAAAGUGACAGUUGA